AUGUUGAUGUUGAUGUCGAAAAUACCUACCCCGCACUUCGCGCACCUUGCCUAGCCGGUGAUAAUGAUAUGCAAAGCCCUCCCUGUGUGGAGGAGAGGGUUCCCGGAAGUGGCCGGAGUGUCCUCCACUAGUACUGCCUCUAGAAGUCAGGAAGUAAGGAAGCACCUAUCUGAAGGUGCAAUAGCAAGAAGCGCGUGGAGGCGGUCUAGGGGACAAGCACGAGGUGCAAGACGCGCAGAGGCUCUAAAUUAGCCGAAAGAACCAGCCUGAGAGUCCCUGGAUGUCUAGGGAACUCUAGUUGGAUGAGAUAAGGACAGCUGAGUACCGUCCGCUGUUUGUUGCUCAGCUGGUGGAAGCUUGUUCGGCACCGGCUUCGGGGAAUGCCGAAACCGCAGGAAAUCUAGAAACGUGGAAGAAGGAAC